AUGAGCUCAGAAUAUGCUACCUUUAGCUUAUUGGAUGAUGAAUUAAACGAAAUACAUAGUGCUGAUGACCUAGAAGAGCUUGCCUCUGACGUUGAUUGUCUGAGUGAGGAGCCGGAUUCUGACUGUAAUGACUAUUCGAGCGAUGCGUCGGAUUCCGGGUCGGAGACAGAGCAUGAAACACCUGCAGCACUUGGUGAGGCUAGUAGCAUCCAUCCUUUAGCAAAUCCUGAUAUCGCGGAAAGCCCACUCGUACCAGAUGGCUUAGAGAGUCCAGAGCUAAACAGGGGGGUCGAUGCAAAUGUCAAUAAAAUAACAACCGAACUUUUAUCCCCUCAAUUGCAAGACUAUCAAUGGAUCAAGUCAACUGUUGAUGAUGCCGUGAUAGAUGAGAUUGUAAGGAAAACCUGCACCACUCAGUACGACUACAAGCCUCGUGUUUUUUACGUAGACAAGGAGGACUUCGACUCAUGGCUCGAACGAGACGGUCGUGAUCAUUUUUUUACUUGGAUGUUACGCAAACAUCAAGAUAAUCAGCCAGGCGGUAGAAGCAAGGUCUUUUAUGUUGAAACCUACGAAUGCCAUCGUGGACAAGAUUCACGAGGCGGAAGUCGCAUCCAAAAGGCUUCUCAAGGCUCUCUUCAAGGUGUCUCUCUCGACCCAGGGCAAGAACCAAGGGAAAGAAAAGAAGACGCGUCUUAA